UUUUUUGAAGACAGCAUUUAAACUGAUUAUGCAGAGUAUUGUGUAUAUAUAUUUUAAAAAAUUUUACGUUAUUAAAGUAAAAUUCGUCUGACCAGCGGCGUUUAAUUUGAAUAUAAUAUGUGAAUUGUAAACAGAAGCGCAUACUAGCUAGCUAGCUAUCGCUAGCUUAGCUAGAUGUCAAUGCAGUUUGACGCGUUUGGAUAAUAAUUUUGACAAAUGUGUAUGGAUUCAUGUAUUGUUGAACAAACGUUUGUUUUAGCUAGAUGUAUAAUACUUUUUGUACUUUUGGUGACCUUGCCUGAAUCUGAGGGGUCAUAAAGUUGAUCACCGUCAGUCUUUCCCCAUCUAAGUAGCUAGCUAGCUAUGUGGAUCAAUGACUCUGUCGUUAGGAUAACUAUUAUCUGUACAUGAUCAACAUCUUAUUAAAGGCCAACAGUUUGGUAUAGGCAGAGAUUUUGACAGUCUGCCGCUGCUGUAACGUUAGCAGCCUCUCGCUAACGUUAGCUAGCUAUCCUGUAGCUAACUGUCACCACCAGUUAUUUAGCGUAAAGUCUCGAUUAACCCGCUACACAACAGUUUUUCUGCAUGUUCCUGUUUUUCUCCUGAUGUGAAAGCGCGAUUAUUUCCCCAAAGCCAAAUACCAUCUAACAGGCUCUUUUUUUAGGACAUGGCAGGUGAACAAAUCAGUUUUUUUGGAUGUAUUGUUGGUGCAACAAACUAACGUUACACAGUAACUCUUCGGCAUAGCGUUAUUAAUUUAAAACGCCUUGUAGAUAUGUUCAACUUCCUCUGUUCGGAUUGUUUUCUCUCAGAGCACAGCUAGAUAGACAGUUAAAGGGGCGGGUGAUCAUAGACUGUGCCAUAGGCAGCAGUAUGCGGGUGAUGAGCGCCUCCCCUGGAUGACGUUUUGCCGCUCUGACUAACGUCAUCCUGCGACAUCAGCGUGCGACUGUUUUCGGUCAGAGCAGUUUCGUCAGCGGGCGAAGGACAUGAAUGCGGUUAUGUGAAUCUUGACAGCUCCUCUGCUUCUUUCAUUACUUCAGUAUUUUGUCCGUUUUUUUACUGGAAUAGUUAACGACAAGCUUCUCAGUGCGGGACCACCAGGUGUCCAUGGUAACGGACAACAGCCACGAUUACGAGAGAAAGAGAUUUUUUUAAAGAUAUUUCAUCGGACGGACCCUUUACUUUGCUGUUUCUUUGCCUCUAACAGUUUUGAUUAUCUUUCAUGGAUGUGGCAGAUUCUUGAUCAGGAAGGAUGACAUCGGAGGCUGCGGUCUCCACAUCUCCUGCCAUAAGCAGCACCCCUGUGAAGAGGGACUACUACUUUCUUCGCUCCUUUGUGGCUGGAGGUGUUGCAGGAUGCUGCGCCAAGACUACCAUCGCUCCUCUGGACAGAAUCAAGAUUCUUCUUCAAGCCCAGAACCCCCAUUACAAACAUCUAGGAGUGUGGUCCACCUUCAAGGCUGUGCCAAAGAAAGAAGGCUUCCUUGGCUUGUACAAGGGUAAUGGGGCAAUGAUGGUCAGGAUAUUUCCUUAUGGAGCCAUCCAGUUUAUGUCCUUUGACAAAUAUAAAAAGCUGCUAAGUAAAAAGAUUGGGAUCUCUGGACAUAUUCACCGCCUUGUGGCCGGAUCAAUGGCAGGGAUGACUGCGGUGAUAUGCACCUACCCUCUGGAUGUGAUCCGAGCCAGACUGGCCUUCCAGGUGACAGGAGAGCAUCGAUACACUGGAAUUGCCAAUGCCUUCCAUACUAUCUACCUUAAGGAGGGGGGCAUCUUGGGCUUCUAUAGGGGACUAACACCAACACUUAUUGGAAUGGCCCCUUAUGCAGGUUUCUCAUUCUACACCUUUGGCACCCUGAAGAGCCUUGGCUUGAAACAUUUCCCAGAGCUGCUGGCACGCCCCUCCUCAAACAACCCUGAUGUCCUCAUUCUGAAAACCCACGCAAACCUGCUCUGUGGGGGGGUUGCUGGUGCCAUCGCUCAGUCAAUAUCGUACCCGUUGGAUGUUGCUAGGAGAAGAAUGCAGUUAGGAGCUGUGCUUCCUGACUCUGAGAAAUGUGUAUCACUGAGCAAGACCCUGACGUACGUGUAUAAUGAGUACGGGGUCAAGAAGGGAUUAUACCGAGGCCUUUCUCUCAACUACAUCCGCUGUAUCCCCUCCCAAGCCGUGGCCUUUACCACCUAUGAGUUCAUGAAGCAGACCCUCCACCUCAACUAGCCGCUGUUUUCAUUCCUUCCGAGUCAUUAAGGGAUCAACCUCAAUGCUUCCAUCAUAGAGUGAUCUGAGGCUCACUCCCUACGUCUUAAACUCUUCAAUGUGGGAAUCGCCUUUUCCUUGAGUUCACUGAAGGCAACAGAGAAGUCAGUUAACGUGGAAAAAGGAAACUGGAUAUCAAACAAUAAGGCACUCCUCGUCUGUCCUAUUUCGUUCCUUCUUCCUGCUUUUGUGAGUCACCACCUCUUAAGAGAAGAUUUACUGAAACACACGACCUGUGGCUUGAGUUUGAGCAACUCCCUCAUCAGUGUCUCCAUGGAUACAGCAGGUCAGCGGCUCGGUUGGUUGGAUGGCUCGGGGCAAUGAUAUGUUCUUUAAGAAUGUUGUUGGCAACACCACAACAACCCUCUGAUUGUGUAGAAGCCCCCUCAUUCACACACCUCAUACUCUCUUUUUCUGUCUAUCCCAUGACCCAAAGUGAUAUUAAGAUGGACACCAGCUUAAAAUUAUCACAUUAGCUGUUUUUUUCUUUAAGUACAACUCAGUGCUAUGCAUUUAUUUGAAUAGUAUAUCACCCCUAAGCACUUCAAUUCUACAGCUACACAUUUUUUUUUUAUAGUUUAAUAUAUUCUUUUUUCCAAAUAUUGUUGAAGAGUGGCUGGAGUUUUAAAAUAAUCUGAUGAUCUAUAAGAUUUUGUUCAUUCACAGUUUAGCUUGUCUUUUAAUCUACUCUGCAGGUUUGGGGGUGCAGUAACUUUAGGUGAAGUUGCUGUUUGUGUGUCUUUGCCUUGGUGGCACAUCAUUUCAGUUUAAGACAUUAACAUUGUAUUGCUAAUCUUUGAAUAGUGCAAUUACUGUAUGCAUUUUCAGUUUUAUGUUGGAUAAUGUGCACUCAGUUUUUGUUUAGCCUGUAGCUUUGAUGGUAUUGAAUUAUGUGCAUCUUUUCUCAGCUGUGAUCAGAAAGAUAUUUUGAGUUUAAGAUGUCAGCAUUUUGACAUAAUAUGGAUUUAGGUCUGACAUGUCUGGAGGGAGGUGAAGGGAUUCAAGAGAAAUUUGCACUUCAUCACUGUAGUUUUUUCUUAAUUUAUGUAUUGAUUUAGCAACCUGUUGCCACUGGGUGGCAGCAUUGAAUUUAAUUUGUAUUGUUUACCAUCCGAGCUGGACACAACAUUCAUUUCAUACAUCUCUUAUCAAAUACAAGUCAGAUAAGGAUUUUUAUGUUUUUUUCCCUGUUUUGCCUAGCAAAAGAAAGUUGUCAGAUAGGGACUCAAGAGAAAAUAUAUUACUAUAUAUUAGUAAUAUAUGCAGCGUUUUUAACCUAGUUCAGCUAAAAUGUUUGACUACCCACCAGAGCUCCUGCAGGUGGGCUGAACAUUAAUAACUGAAUAGAAAAAAUGUCCCACUGGCCUUUAAUUAAAGGCUGCAUUCAUACCAAAGAAGGCUUAUUGCUGCAAUGCCGGAUUUGGUGUAAAUACAGCUUUAGUCACCACCAAUGUUUACGUAUGCCUCAUUAGUUGUACAAGCAUCCGUCUUUUUUCAGCCUGUUGCCUUUCUCUGUAUUUAAUGUCUUACUUCACCAGAGUGAUUAAUGUGUUUUAUUGAAGUUUCUUCACAAGUUUCAGUCGAUGCCUCAGGUUGUAGAUCACUGUAUAUGAAUAGGGGGGAAAUUGCAAAGAGCAGAUGGUUUCCAACUUGGCUUGUGACCGCUUAAAAUGAAGCAUGACUACGUACAACCACUCAUCACAGUUAACGUAUAUACACCAACAUUUCAGAUGUUUCAUUUGAAUAAUUGCGGGAGGACUGAAGAGGUAAAACCUUACUAUUAAUAUUUCACAAAAAAGCAAAUAUUUGAGGAAAGUCCAAACGCACAAACACAAAUUUUUUACAUACCCUGGUAUUCCCCAUCCCCGGAUUACAAGGUGAUGUCACUUUCACCCCCCACACCCACCUCACCCUCCGACUCUAUGUAUAGAUACAGCAGUCAACUGUCAGUAGUGUGGACAGUAUGGAGUAAUGAAAGAUCUGUCAGAGCAGUGGGGUGGAGCAGCGGCAGGGGUGGUAGCCUGUGUGGUUGAAAUGCAAAAAAAUGUAAAUUUGUAAAGGGAAGCGUGUUUAAGCUAAAACGGAGUGUUAAGUUGCUCUUUGAUAAAAUUGUGAUCGCUGCGAUUCGUUUUGUGUGAGGUUGGGAACUGCUGCUAGUAUAUUAGAUAUAAUAAAACUAGAAUAUUGUGUGCGUGCGCAAAGGUGUUGUUGAACAAAAGUCUGAACAUAUAAUUCUUCCAAAUCACAAGCGAGAUGAAUAAGAGACCUCUAUGUAACUCUUGAUUGAAGUGCAUCUAACAAUGAAAACAAAAUAUACUAUUCAGUAACAUUUCUGCUUUUCAUGGUACCACUCAUUUAUCUACAGUACUGCUGUGCUUUAAUUUACACUUGUUUUUAUUUCCAUGUUGGGUUUGAACACGAGUUGUUGCUGUUUUUUUUAGUUUUACAAAGUCUCCUAUCAAUCCAAGAGCAGAUCAGCUCUGUUCCUGCUGCUCACUGUAACACCUGAUUAUGUACCGUAGGAGAAGGAAGAUAUUUAUAUAUGUAAAUGUCUAUAGUAGUACGCUGUACUACUUUAUCAAACUAUAUUAGAUGUGACUGAGACAUGAUGCAUAGUUUUGAGACUGAUUGAACAAUGAAAAUGCCUUUUUUUUUUUUUUUUUUUUUUGUUAUUUUCUCAAUUUGUACAUGUACAUGUUCACCUGCCUGCUUUUCAUAAGCAGUGUCUGAAUUACAUGUCGCCUUCUUAAAACGGUACCAAUGCUUGUGUCUUUAUUUUGUCUGUAGGUGUGAACAUGUGAAUGUAUUUUUUAUUUAUUUUUUUAAAUCAAACUGCUGAAGCAGGAACAAGUAACUUCCAGUUCUCACUUUGAGUUUUACUCCCACAGACCCCUGUUAAUGUUACAGUUUCAGCUGUAAAACCACAGAUGCAUUUGCAUUUAUUUACCUGAAACUAGAAUACACUAUGUGUUGUUGUCCAGUGUCACAUACUGAUUUGACUGGUAAAUGUGAUGUGUGAAAGAUGUGUAUGUUCAAAUGUUCCAUUUCCACAUCAGUCAAAUAAAACAUUCUCCGUUUCGGCCUGUAA